AUGACAUCCGUUGACCCCAAGACAAAACCAUCAUGUCCCCCAGAGGACCCGAAACGAGAGAUUUCUUUAGGGAGCAUCACCGAUGUCUCCCCUGAGGAGUCUCGCCGAUUCCUGGACAAACAAACACUGAGCUAUGCCAGCUUGCUGGGAAUGAUUGAAGACACGCACCUAGAGGGCACACAAUUCUCAUGGACGGCCUCGGUGUUUUACUUUGGAUAUAUAUUCUGGUCAUACCCAACCAUGUACCUGUCGGUGCGUUUGCCAAUUGGAAAGUACUUAGGUGCCACAGUACUCCUCUGGGCCGCUGUCCUGAUGUGCCAUGCAGCCUGCCACAACUUCACAGGCCUGGUCAUCACCCGAUUCUUUCUCGGUGCCCUCGAGGCAUCCAUUGCCCCAGGGUUCUCCCUUAUAACUGGCAUGUGGUAUACGCGACGCCAGCAGCCUCUCCGGUACGGGCUGUGGUUUGCCGGUGGUUCCAUAGCUUCCUUGUUCGGAGGUUUGCUUUCCUACGGCAUCGGACACCUCGACAGCGGCCUCACUGCGUGGCAAUAUUUAUUCCUGAUUUUUGGCGCCGUGACUGCUCUAUGCGGGAUCAUCAUGCUUGCCUUUCUCCCGGACACACCGUCCAAAACCUUCUGGUUGACCCCCGAGGAGCGAUCUACCGCAAUAAACAACGUCACGGCUGAUGGCCAGGCCGGCAUAAAGGGCUCCUACAAGAUGUCGCAGGUAGUCGAAGCCCUACGUGACCCGGUGACUUGGUUCCUAAGUCUGUAUACAUUCUGCGUGAACAUCGCCAACGGGGGCCUGACAGCCUUUGGGUCGCUUGUUGUGCAAGGAUUCGGAUACGAAGGCCUUCAAGCCCUCUUGAUCCAAAUGCCUACUGGCGGUGCCCAGCUAUGCUUCGUGAUCAUAAGUGCCGUGCUGUGUUCGUCAAUUCCCAAUAUCCGCACGCUGACUAUGAUGGCACUUACGCUGACCAGCCUGCUGGGAAUGGUGCUCAUGUACGCCCUGGAGGAAAGCAAUCAAGCUGGCCGCAUGGCGGGUUUCUGCCUCAGCCUGGCUUUCUCGGCCAACAUGCCGAUUUCCAUGUCUUUGGUCACCAGUAAUGUGCGUGGGCUCACCAAGCGGGCAGUGGUCAAUGCAAGUGUUUUGGUGAUGUAUUGCGCGGGAAAUAUCGUUGGUCCGCAGUUCUUUAGUGUGACUGAGGCACCGAGGUAUAGAAAAGGUAUUACGGCUAGCCUGAUAGGGUUUGGGCUGGGAUUUUUCUGGGUGGUGUGCCUACGGCUGUACUUACAGUGGCAGAAUAAGAAGCGAGCCAGCGAAGUGGCAUCGGAUGUGCCACAAGAAGUGCUGCUUUUGGAAGAUAGGACUGAUUGGGAGACUCCAGGGUGUCGAUAUGUUCUAUAG